AUGAGCGACGGAGGGAAUAAUUAUGAGAUCUUUAGAGAAUGUGUCUCAGGCGCGAUAGUGCAGAAGUCUCAAGGGACGCGCAAGAAACGAAAGCUAAAGGGGAAGAAGCGAGGAGAUACGACUGCGAAGGACAGUAACGAUGAAGGGAGCUCUUUUGGUUUAGAGAAACAAGAUCCAGAGGAGCUGGCUGAUUUCAUUGAUUUCAUUGCCUCUGAGGUCUUUCAUGCAUUGCCUCAGACUCUACAGACUCUCUCAUAUUCAAAAAUCCAAAAUGAUGACUCGCUAGCAAAACAAUAUGGCAAUGGCACAGAACUCAGUGAUGCCGACAUGGAGACCCUAACAGCACCCAUCCCAGUCUCUGUAUCAGAAUCGCUCUCCGUCUACGGCAUCCUUCCAGAAUCGAUGGACAUAACGGCAGCUUUUCUCCGCCCAGUCCUCACAGACUACAUAACAUCCGUAACCGCAGCACCCCCGGCAUGGGCCACAACUAAAACAGAAGCCUGUGAGAUCUGCGAGCGGGAUUGGAUUCCUCUAUCGUAUCAUCAUCUCAUCCCUCGCGAAGUCCACGCCAAAGCGCUCAAGCGUGGUUGGCACGAGGAGUUUAUGCUGAAUAGUGUUGCAUGGUUGUGCCGCGCUUGUCAUAGCUUUGUCCAUAAGAUGGCAACCAACGAAGAGUUGGCGCGCGAGUAUUAUACUAUUGAUCGAAUCACGGAGAGGUAUGAUGUGCAGGAUUGGGCGAAGUGGGUUGGACGAGUCCGUUGGAAGGCUCGAUAG